AUGCCUUGGCAAUCUGGUAGAGAGCCAGAUACUCAACGCCAUGAUGAACCUACACCUGAUAUUGAAAGAUCUCAUUACUUCAGUCCUUCACGGUUUUAUUGUGUUGAGACAAUCACUGCUCCUUGUGGUGUUGUUAUUGCCUGGGCUAAAUUUCCUAAGUCUGAAUCUCCCACAAAUAUUCUUAACUUUCUGGAGUCAGUUUAUCCUACUGCUGAAUCACGUCCAGAUUACAUCUGUAUUGAUAAGGCUUGUCUACUACUACGAACAGCGAUAAGCAAUGGAAGCUGGGACAGAAUCUGGAAACAUACAACACAGUUCAUUGUUGAUAGUUACCACUAUAUUAAUCACCGUGUUGGUGAUUAUAUUUGUCGCAAAUGGUGUAAUCCUGCACCAUUGAAUGGCUCAGCCCCAAAUUUAGUUGUUGUCGAAAAAGACAAACAUGGUCGACCAUACUACAAGCGAGCAUUUAACACACAGGCCUGUGAACAGUUGAAUGCCUGGUUGGGUGGUUUUGAGUCCAUCCUGAAAAGGAUGACACAGGGAAACUUUGAUUGGUUUUUGUCCAUAGCUAGCAAAACAAUCUCGGUGGCAUCAAAAUGGGCGACCAUCAGCCUCAGCCACACUGUGUAUGCCUUUCGCAAGCUAGUGCAACUGGCAGCAUUUCAGAGUUAG